GGUUAUGAGCCCCGCGUAGUUGCGGCGGGUUGCGCUUUGUCGAGUAAAGACAAGAUAACCGAUAGGCUGUAGGCCAGUGAGCGCAAAUGAACGAUGAGGGCGGAGUCUGUGGAAAGCCGAUUAUGCUCGAGCAAAGCACGGCCCACAUUUGGCUCUCCAAGUUAAGGAUUUAUCUUAACUGGAAGGAGCUGGGUCCGGCUAUCCGUGACGACGACGCGCCGGAGGCGAAGCAGCAGAAGGCGGUCGCCCUUAUCCUGAGCCAUGUGAGGCUGUCCGACCACUUCAUCUAUGAGGAGCUGCUAGAGACCCUGGAAGCGGAGAAGAAGGCCAACCCUACUGCCAAGCAGAACGAGGCGAAGCGCCUUGUGCAAGCGCUGAUGGCAUACUACAAGAAGCUGGCGGCUGGAAAUCACCGUCAGUGGGCAGCCGACCUGGGCAGCGUCAGGCUGGGAGGGAGCGAGCAGAUUAGCGAGCUCAUCCAGCGCAUUGCUGACAUGGUGGAGAGGCUGUGUUGGUCGGGAUGCCCGGGCUACACCAACGGCGACCGCGACAGGCUCGUCGUGUCGGCAGCAUUCAAUGCUCUGCCGCAGGAGUAUGCCAGCGUUGUGGCCAUUGCAGAGGAGUUCUACACGAGCACUGGCAGGUGGAGCGUGCCGGACGCGGAGUCGAGGCUCACGCGGUUCCAGAACACCCUGACCAGCGUGCGCGGUAGCAGCAGCAGUGGCGAGCCGUCAAUUCACUUUGUGCGCGGCGUGGGAGGCGGCCGUGGUGGCCGCGGAGGGCGCGGUGUGCGCAACAAGGAGAACAUCCAGUGCCACAGGUGCCAGGGCUGGGGACACUACAAGUACGAGUGCCCAGAGCAGGCCGCUGAGGGCGGCGGUGGCAACCGGGGGCGCGGUGCACACGUUGGCCGGGACGGCGGUGACCGGCGCAUGUGGGCGGUGAACGUGGACCAGGGAAACGGCCGGGGGCGCGGCCGGGGGGUCCGCGCCUAGUAGCGUUCGUAGGAGCAGAAGAUAUGAUGUGGAGCAUAGACUAUGAUGCUAGCUCCGAUGUGAUGUGAACGGCCACGUUGGGCUGUCGGUGCGAGUAAAGCAUCGUGAGUAUGUCGGUGCGAGUAAAGCAUCGUGAGUAUGUCGGUGCAAGGAAGGCAUCGUGAGUACGAUAUGCGUGCGAGUAUGACACGCGGUGUGAGUGAAGCACCAGUAUGAGACGUGCAAGUGAAGCACGGGGUGUGAGUUAAGCACCUGGAGAUGUACGAGAGCAAAUGCAACGGAAUUGGCUUUGCGACUGUUGCACGAGUGAGGUGCACAGGUAUGUUAUGUGGCGCGUGAGGCCUGAUUACUGCGGUAUGGCCUGAUCACAGCGAGUGAGGUCUGAUCACUGCGAGUGAGACCUGAUCACUGCGCGAGACGCCAGCGGUUGAGAGUUGCUGUUAUGCUCUUAUCAUAUGAUGUUAAAAGAUCAUCUUAUGUGUAUGGCUCUCAAGCACUUGAAGCUAUGAUGCCGGUAGUGCGGCAUGAUGCGGUGUGUGAAACCGCAGGUACGGUGAAGUGAAGCCGUAAGUACAGCGGAUGCGGGAGCAUUCGGACACGGGGGAGCCGUGCAGAUAUGAUUGAGUAUGGAUUUCCGGAUGGAAUUGAUUGCGAUAGAAGACCGUAUUGAUUUGUGCUGAUUAUGGACGAUGCAGUGAGAAAGAGAAAGACGUGAUCUUGAGGACACGAGGACAUGGGACGAUUGCAGUAGCACAGUGACUACAAGCGGCAAGCGUACGAGGUAUGCAAGGAAUUGUCUGUAGCACGUGAUUUGAGGUAGGAGGCUAUUGCGAUACGUAAUUUGAGUAUGGAGUUCUGCCCGCGGGGGAGUGUUGAGAUAUCGGUCAGAACUAUCCAUAAG